CUCGAGCUGGAUUUUUGAUGAUUCUUUUAGAAGCAGUCAGUCUCACCAAGAAUAGGAUCUAAACUGUCAAGGGUUCACUCCCCUUCAAUUCUAUUUUGAAAUCGAGGCAUCGUUCGCCUCCCAUCAUGUCAAGUCAAGCCCGCAAGGCUGCCAAGCCCGCAGCUCGACUUGAGCCGGAUCCCUCUGGUUCACACAUUGAGGAUGCAAGCCAAGGCAGUGAAAGUGAAGGCUCCGGCUCGGACGACGAGUCCGAACCCGAGCCUGGAUCUGAGUUCGGAGGGUCGGAUCAGCCCGACAGCCCUGGCUCACGCAAGAGGCGCAAGGUGGUGCUCGACAUCAAUCACGAUGAUGAGGACGACGACGACGACGAGGGUGCCAGCGUGCUUAACAAAAAGGUUUCAUCAUUCAAGGUACCCUCACGUAUAAAACGGCAGCUUCCUCGGGCUGGACAGGCUGUCUCUGCUUCUGCUGUCGCCGACGCGGUCAGGAGCAUUGCAGACCUCGCCGCGCCCAAGAGGAUACUUGCGCCUACAGAUGCAAGCACAUCGUUCGAGUCACUUGGCGUCCAGCCGUGGCUUGUUCGGUCGCUAUCCAAUAUGGCCAUCAAACGGCCAACCGGCAUCCAGAAGAGCUGUAUCCCCGAGAUCUUGAAGGGGCGGGACUGCAUUGGUGGAAGCCGGACGGGCUCGGGCAAGACGAUUGCCUUCGCCGUGCCAAUUUUGCAGAUAUGGGCUCAUGACCCCUCCGCCAUAUUUGCCGUCGUUUUGACUGCAACUCGUGAGCUAGCUCUGCAGAUAUACGAGCAGUUCAAAGCAAUCUCCUCACCCCAUGUUCUCAAGGCCAUUCUGAUCACAGGGGGCUCGGACAUGCGGCCACAGGCCAUCGCCCUGGCCCAACGCCCGGCCAUCGUCAUUGCCACUCCGGGCCGGCUGGCCGACCACAUCCGCACGUCUGGCGAGGACACCAUCUGCGGACUGAAACGUGUGAAAUUUCUCGUGCUCGACGAGGCUGACCGCCUCCUCGCCUCUGGCGGCACCGGCAGUAUGCUUCCGGACGUCGAAGAAUGUCUGGAUGCCCUGCCACCGCCCACGGAACGACAGACUCUUCUCUUCACCGCCACUGUAACCGACGAGAUACGCGUGCUCAAGAACAUGCCAACCAGGCCGGGGAAGGAGCCUGCCUUUGUUUGUGAGGUAGACACCCAGAAGCUCGCCAUCCCCGCCACCCUCAACCAGACAUAUUUGAUGUUGCCCGUGACGCACCGCGAGCACUAUCUGCACGAACUGCUCCUGACCAAGGGCAACGCCGAGCUGUCCAUCAUCAUCUUCUGUAACCGCUCGACGACGGCACAACUCCUGCACCACAUGCUCCGCCUCCUCGAGCACCGAGUCACGGCCCUGCACUCGCGCCUGCCGCAGCGCCAGCGCAUUGACAACCUGGGUCGGUUCCGCGCCUCGGCCGCCCGCAUCCUGGUGGCCACCGACGUCGCCUCCAGGGGUCUCGACAUCCCCGAGGUCGCCCUCGUCAUCAACUACGACAUCCCGCGCGACCCGGACGACUACAUCCACCGCGUCGGCCGUACGGCCCGUGCCGGCCGUAAGGGCGACGCCGUCACCUUUGUCGGCCAGCGCGACGUCGAUCUCGUCCAUGCCAUCGAGCGCCGCGUCGGCCGCCCUCUGGUGGCCUGGGCCGAGGAGGGCGUCAACCUGGAGACUAGAGUCGUGCGCGACUCGCUCAAGCUGGUGACGGAGAAGAAGAGGGAGGCGUUGCUAGAUAUCGAGGAGAACAGGGAGGUCACGGGCAAGCGGAAACGGGAGAAGCUCAAGUUGCGUGCCGCAUAAGCUGGGGAUUACCGUACCUAAGAACCUGUAUUGUAUGUCCGGUUUUGGUAGCCCGAUGUUUCGUUGCUCUCUCAACAAGAAAUGUAUGACAUGAGUCCGACUUUUUGCAUGACACCUAUAUUUUCCUUGAUGUUAGUGGCCUAGGUACUUGGCGCGCACGCCCACCACAAGAAACGGCAGUUAUUCCGAGGAGUGGGAAUAGGAAUAGGUAUAAAAUAAAAGCAAAAAGAAAUAAAAGUACGAAUAACAACAGGAAUAACAAGAAAAUCAGUAGGGAAAAAAAUAAGAACAGGA